GAGGCCUGGAAAACGCUCGAACAAUAAGAUCUUCAAGUCAGAUUUUACUGCUCCUUAUAAAAAAGUGAGAACUCUGAGGAGUGCAGUGUCGAUUAGAAUCAAAAGGAAUGGAAUUUGUUGAUGAAAUUUGCUGCCAAUUUCAAGGAACAUCAGAAAUAAUUUUGAAGAGUUUUUUACAAUUGAAUUUGUUAUUGCGUCGUGUAUAGAGAUUGUCCGAGAUUGUCAGAAAAAAGAAAAAAAAACAGGGGACGCAGCUGAAGCCGGUCUUCCAAGAGAACAGCACGACCUGUUGGUCGAAAUGUUAAAGAAUUAGGUUUGAAUCCAACGUUAAAACUAACAAUAAGACAAGCGACUUGUUUCAUGUUAAAAGAUAUUUGUCUUUCUCAACAGCGUAAUGAAAAAAAACUUGUUCUGGUGACGAGAAUGUGGAAUCCAGAAUAAAGGCUUUUUCAUUGCUCCUAAAGUACGCCCCUGCGAAACAUGCGGCGUACAUUGAAAGCGGUAUUUAUCAGGGGUGCAGCGUUUACAAGGCGUUUAUGGCCUGGCAACCCGCCAUGAUUUCGUUUUCGAUUUCAACAUUGGUCUAAAGCUGACUACAUAAUAAUGGAAUUCACAAAAAAUCCUUAUUCAUUUAAUCUAUUUCUGUUUGAGAUAAAAUGUAUAUUCAUUAAGAAAUUAGGCUAUAGUUAGCUAAGAGCACAAUUUUGUGUUGUAGGUUAUAAUAAAAGAAGGACCCUACUUUGACAAUGUGAAAUUCCCUUUUUCCUAAACGUGGGUUUUUGUUGUAUACUUGCUAGCUAUUACUAGACUAUCAAGGCUAUCAUUAUAUACGAAGCUUUAGGAUUUUUUUUUUGUACUGGUCAAAUAUAAGCAAAAGAAAUUAAAGUCUUUAGUGCUAUUCUUGGUGCUAAAUUAGCUUUAAAAAACUUGAUUUCCAUGAGAAACAAAAUUAUUCAGAUAAUUUGAAAUUGUGAGUAGCUACAAAAACCUUUUUUUUAGAAUGGAUUGCAUAUGUUUACAAAAUUCUGCAUAUGCACGCGCAUCCAGACAGGCAAGAAAAGAAAGAAAGCACUGGAAUUGUUUUUUUCCUGAUUGUUAUCUUCUCUGUUUAAGAGCAGACUUCACCAAUUUUAGCGUCAUUCUUUAUUUUCACUCAAUAUCUUAGAUCAUUGUGGUCUGUUGUUUAUACUUUUUCCUUGGGUGUUCCAUCGUUUUGAUGCAAAAUCAAAACAUUAUAUUACAAAGCAACUCUUCCAUUAAAAACAAAUUAAACGGUUAUUUCUAGCAUAUACUUUCCUUACAAACAAACACUGGAUGAUUGAGGUCUGACUGGCUUGAAACUUACAGAGAAGUAUUUCACUUCUAAAAAGUAAAAAUUAUUCCUGCAAAAAAAAUUGUUAGACACAAAGUCAAAACGUACAAAACUGUUCAUUUCCAGGUUCAUUUUGCAAGUGAAUUUACUGUCAAAUUUUGAAUGAGAUAGUUUUUUAAUUUUUUGGCAAAGAUAUAAACACUCCAGACUCAAUUGAAUUUGUCUGUACAACCACUCUAUUAUUUGUACCACAUUAGUAUUAUAAUAUGAAAUAAAGGUGGGCCUUUCUAGAGAUAGUAUUAUCAGAAAUAAGCCUUUUUUUUCCAAUGUGCUAAAAAAGAUUUUUAUUCAUAUACAAUUUUCAACAAAAGAAAACUGAACAAGUUUUUAAAAAACUCAGAAUUAUGAUGCGUAGAGUAUAAAAACAUAAAUCUUUUUUGCACAAAUCUGUUCCAAUUUUUAUUCCAAAUUAUAAAAAAAUAUAUAAUGUAUUUAAAACUAUGUGGUGAAAUGUUAAAGAAUGUAUGUAUGAUACAAACUUGAUAGAAAUAUACAGCUAUGAGCAUGUUAGCGUAUUUUUUAACGGUGUAAAGUGUCUACAAAAAAGCAUAAGAAGUGGGAAGGUGAUGGUUUGCUGAUUACGAGAGGCAAAAGUGUUGUUUUAAAAGAUAUGGAGGGAAAAGAAAUAGCCAAAGGGUCAGGAUAUAAAACGUCAGACCUCACUGAACUUGAUGAUGGUAGCACAUUAAUAGUGUGUGGAAAAGAAAUAGAAGUACAGGGAAAAGUCGAUAAAGCUGAUUACCAAUCUGAAAAAUGUUUUUCUGAAGUAGGCGACAGGACAGCGGACUCACAUUUCAAAGUGCAACGAAGAUUUAAAGGAGAAAUCAAACCUUUCACACCGCAUCAACAAAGUUUUACAGCAAAGAAAAAAGCUGUUGCAAAACCUAGACAUGAUCCGAGCAAAGUUGGUGCAUUAGUUAUGCCUCGCCCACCAUUACAAAGUCAGUGCAAUGUGGUAGAUGUUGUUGUCGAUCCUUUUAUUUCAUAUUACCUACGCCCACAUCAGAGAGAAGGUGUCACAUUCCUGUACACUUGUGUGAUGGGCUUCAAAAAUACUAUUGGCCAUGGUGCCCUUUUAGCAGACGAGAUGGGGCUAGGAAAAACGUUGCAAUGCAUAGCUCUUGUAUGGACGCUGCUAAAACAAGGGCCCUACAAUGGAGUUCCUGUAGUUAAGAAAAUCGUCAUUGUAACUCCAGGAAGUUUAGUCAAGAACUGGUGUAAGGAAUUUAUCAAAUGGUUAGGCAGCGAGCGAAUCUUACCAUUCGCAGUUGAUAGUAGCAACAGAGUAGAUGAAUUUCUGCUGCGUCCCAAAUCUCCUGUCCUAAUUAUCAGUUAUGAAAUGUUUCUGCGUUGUAUAGACGAUAUUCGCAAAAUAAAAUUUGAUAUGAUCAUAUGCGACGAAGCUCAUAGAUUGAAAAACGCUGCUGUUAAAACGGCUACAGCUGUAUCAAGUUUAGCAGUAACGAAAAGGGUUUUGUUGACUGGCACUCCUAUACAAAACAACUUACAAGAAUUUUAUGCACUCGCUGAGAUGGCAAAUCCAGGAAUUUUAGGCUUACUAGCUGCAUUUAAGAAGGUUUUCGCAGAGCCAAUCGCGACCAGUCAACAACCACAUUGUAGUAGUGCUGAAAAAGAACUGGGUACAAGCAGAGCUGAAGAGCUCAGUCGAUUGACAAGUACCUUUUGUUUGCGCAGAACGGCAGAAAUCAAUAAAGCCUACCUACCACCUAAAGUUGAAUACGCCAUUUUUAUCCAAAUGACUGACGUACAGCUCAGAUUAUAUCAACAUCUUCUCAGAUCGAGGCUGGUUCGUGCUUGUCUGCUGAAUACCAGGAAUACAUCCAAACACUUAGUUUGCAUCAGUGCACUAAAGAAACUUUGCAACCAUCCAAAACUAUUGUUUAACUGUGCAAAAAAACAUUGCAGUGUGGAAGAACACUCGAUAUACGACAACCUUUUGCCCUUAUUUCCUGAAGAUUAUUCAUCAUCUAUACACAGUCAUCAUUCUGCAAAGUUUAAUGUGCUGAGUCAGCUGUUGGAAAGAUUUAUAUCACAGAAGGAGAAAGUUGUCAUUGUCUCGAAUUCAACGAAGAUGCUAGACAUUCUUCAAGAAUUUUGCAAUUAUUCGUCGUGUAACCACAUAAGACUGGACGGACAAACCCAGGUUAAGUCAAGACAAGAUCUUGUUGAUCGGUUUAACGAUAAAAAGAGUGAUGUUGAUGUUUUUCUCCUCAGCUCAAAAGCAGGUGGUAUUGGUUUAAAUUUGACAGGCGCAUCGAAGCUCGUUUUGUACGAUAUCGACUGGAAUCCAGCCAACGAUAUACAGGCUAUGGCUCGAGUAUGGCGCGAUGGUCAAAAACGUCAAGUGGAUAUUUAUAGAUUUUUACUCACAGGUACGAUUGAAGAAAAAAUGUAUCAAAGACAAGUCAUAAAACAAGGCUUAAGUUGCGCAGUGGUGGAUUCAUUGUUAAGCGAAACGGUGGAGUUUUCGAAAGAAAAUUUAAGGGAUCUGUUUACCUUUAAACCAUCUGCUACAUGUUGUACUCACGAACUGCUGGAAUGUGAUUGUACCAGUAAUCCUAAUGAUGAAAGAACAGAGGCAUCUAUGAAUUCUGAUACAACUUCACAUCAACGUCAAACGAAAAACAUGUCAAUGGCCGAACUGAUGCGAUGGGAACACAUACACGAUAUUACAAGUGACGAAACAAUCGAUGAGGGAUUGAAAAGUUGUGAAAACAUUUCGUUUAUCUUCAGAAAUAAAAGCUCAUGUUAAAUUAAAAACAAUGGAUAGUCAUGCUGACAAUUGGUUAUUAUAAAAUUUUAUAUAUAUAUAAUUUAUAUUUUUAAAUAUACAGUGGACUCUCCAUAACUCGAAACCCUUUAACUCGAAUCUCUUUAAUAAUAAUCUCUGCGCGGACCUCCCGCUGAGUUAGAAAAUCGUGCUACGGAAACACGAAUAUCAAAUGCGAUAUAUUUUUUCCACUUUGUCGCCACGGGUAAAUUUAAAGGACGGGCAAACCCGUGAAUUUUUCCACGGGCAACGACUAGUGAAAGCAUAUUAGGCUAUUUUCGCUCUUCAUAACUCGAACAAUCUGAAAAUUGAAGAAUUUCAGAGUUUUUUUCUGAUUCGAAUAUUUUCUACGUGUGUUCGGCCCCUUAGAUCAUUCGAACGAUAAGUCAUUCGAACGCGCCGAAUGUCAAGUGGUGUGUUUACAAAUAUUCUUGUUUUAAAGUUCUCAUUCUCAUGAAUAAAAUGGCGUCUGUGGUACUUAGCAAAAUUUCCAAACUCUCCAUUACUCGAACCGCUCCAUAAGUCGAACGAUUUCUGAUUUCCCGUGAGAGUUCGAGUUAUAGAGAGUCCACUGUAUUUUUUAUGUGAAUAUGUAUAAGUAGAAAAACAGCGCAUAUGAGUAAUAUCGCCAUCAUGUGUCUUGUAUUGCCGUUAGAUCUAACAUGUUAUAACUUACAAAUAUUUUAUAUAUAGUCACACAAACUAAAGCAGGCACAGUUUUCGAGAAGUAGUGUAUUCUGAGUAUAUGUUUAUAUUCUGUGGCGUAAUAAAAAACAGUUAUUCUGAGGUAACUCUAAUGAAUUGUCAGUUUGAAUAUUCGUUUAUUGAUUCUACGAUAUUACAACAACACUGCGAGAAAUUUUAAAUUAAUCGCUUAUUUGGCAAGUCAAUCGUAUUGUGGAAAGCAAGUGUGACCAUUACAAGGACAAAAUUGCCAAAAAGACGAUCAGAAUGGAUACCAAAAAAGUUGAUGUUUUAGGUGAACGUUUUUACUACUGGUUUCAUUGCAGUUCUGUUGUUGUGGUUGUUGCUGAGUGUACGUGUUGAGACCAGACGUGCUCUCUUCUGCUAAACCACUUGUUUUGUUGUAGCGUGGUGAAAUAGUUUCGUGUUCCGACGGUGCUGUCUUGGCAGCACUUUGUUG